ACUGCGUGGGUCCCGUGUGCUCCUGGCAGGAUUAGGGGGUCUGGGGGCCGAAGUGGCCAAGAAUUUAAUCCUGGCUGGAGUUAAAGGACUCACUUUGCUGGACCAUGAACAGGUGUCAGAGGAGUCAUGUCGAGCUCAGUUCCUAGUCCCGGUGACGGCUCAGGGUCAGAACCGGGCCCAGGCCUCUCUUGAGCGGGGGCAGAACCUCAACCCAAUGGUACAGGUCCACGCAGACCAAGACAGGAUUCAAGACAAACCAGAUGACUUCUUCCUGCAGUUCGAUGCGGUGUGUCUGACAGGCUGCUCCAGAGACCUGAUGGUGAGAGUGGACCAGCUCUGUUCCAAGCACAACAUCAAGGUCUUCUGUGGGGACGUCUACGGUUACUAUGGUUACAUGUUCUGCAACCUGGGAAAGGAACACAACUACGUCGAGGAGAAACCAAAACUGGUUAAACCGAGUUCUAGCGAUGGUCCAGAGGCAAAGAAAGCAAAAGUGGACCCCAAUGAGACCACCAUGGUGAAAAAGACGGCCUCUUACUGCACCCUGAAGGAGGCUCUGGAGGUGGACUGGACCACGGAGAAGGCCAAAGCCGGGAUGAAGAAGACCCCAGUGGACUACUUCCUGCUUCAAGUUCUGCUGAAGUUCCAGACAGACAAAGGUCGUGACCCCGACCCCCUGUCCUACCCAGAGGACAGCCAGCUGCUGAGACAGAUCAGAGAGGACGUGCUGGAGGCGCUGGCCGUGAGGAGUGACCUGCUGAACGAUGACUUCAUCAGGUACAACGCCUCCUCACUUCCACACUUUUAUUUUAAAAGUUAG